GCAAGACGAAGCUCUUUGCUUGGCGGACCAGAGAGGCUCAGGUUGACUCCAACCCAUUCAGAAAACAGAAACUGGAGUAAGGGGAAGCAGGUGAUGCUAGACUAGACCACAGAGGUGGUAGUUUUUCAUGCAUUGCUGAUUUCUGACAGACCGUAAAUCGAAGAGAAAAAAAGAAAAGGGGGAUGUUUGAAAAGAAAAAAAACGUAAGCAGAUUCCUUUUCCCGGCCGCAGCAGAGCAGACGAACAGUUCAUAAGAAAAAUAAGAAAAAAAUGAAAAGAAAGUGAGCGAGGGCUGUGAUCGACUAACACAGGUUCACCAUAAUCACAUGGUGUGGAUUUCCGCUUUGACACAUUUGCUUUCAGCAGCACAGCAGGGCAGGGACACACCACAUACGACACAAGCAGAGUUACUGUACGGAACUAUCUGUAGCAGAGCUGCAAUAUGGUGCUGUGAAGAGCGAGCGCUCCACUCCACCAUGCAAUCCACCAUGAACCUCAACAGGCUCCUGCGACAGGGCAGCCAGGACAGUUACAUUAUGGAGGGCUCUCUGAGGAAGAAGGGUCGUCUAUGGUAUCAGCACUCUCUGAAGGAACCCCAUAACAAAACCAGUCAGAAUGGGGGGACUACUCCCGGGACUCUGCCAAGAGGCUGGAAACAGUCCAACAGAGCCCGCUCAAACUCCUUAGUGGAUUAUACUGACCCUCAGAGGACUACCAUUAUGUUGCAAAAGCAAGACAAUGAGACUUUUGGAUUUGAAAUUCAGACGUAUGGCAUGCAGCUGAAGAAAAGCAUGGCGGUGGAGAUGUGCACAUUUGUGUGCAAGGUGCAGGAGGACAGCUCAGCUGAGAGUGCAGGUCUGACCGCCGGUGAUGUUAUCGUCACCAUCAAUGGGGUCAGCAUUGAGGGGUCAAGCCAUCAGCGCAUCGUUGACCUGAUUCGAGAAUCCACCAACCUAUUACGGAUGGAGACGGUGUGUGGGACGGCGGUGAAGAGGAUUGAGCUGGAGAAGAAGAUGAGCUUGCUCAAGCAAACCCUGAGAGAGAAAAGAGUGGAGUUGCAAGUGCUCACAUUACAGGAAAAAUGUCUUAUGCGAGGUAACCUGAAUGACAGUUCUCUACACCCCUCUAUGGACUCCCUGAUAUCUCCAAUGUCUCUGUCAGGACACAGUGGCCACCGCGGCCACCGCUUCUCCAGUGACAGUAGCUGCCAGAGUGGGAUGACGGAGGACAGUGACCUGGCCAGUGUGUUUGGCGACCUGGGCUCCCCGAGUCCAUGCAGUGUGGCCAGUCCAGACGAUAUUUGCUUCUUCUCCAGAGACUUCACCGAGGAGGGGCCCCCCAGGCCCCCAGCCAGCCUCAGCCGUACCCGCAGCGGUAGCCUGACCAGCCGCAGCAGUUCCCUCUCCUCCCCCUCCCCCACAUGGGACGCCUCCAGAGCCUCGUCGUCCCUGUUUGGGACUCUCCCCAGGAAGGCCAGGAGAGCCAGCGUCCGCAAACACAUCCUGAAGUUCAUCCCUGGAUUCAACCACUCAGUGGAGGAGGAGGACACCUGAACUGAGCUAUGAACGAACGCUACAGUACGUCUUUGUGUGAUGUGACGUUCAAUACAAACAUUUCUUGCUGAGACAGUCCUAAUAUGGAUGCCAUACCUGGACUCGGGAAGAGACACAUACUAUAUGAGCAUUAUGGACAUGAGAAGCAUUAGGAGGAAGCAAGCAUUCUCCCUUUGACAAAAGCCUUCAGUUAUCUACAGAUACUGCGUGCAUGAUGGACUGCUUUGGUGUUGCACUUUCACACAACCAUUUUCAGAGGAUUUGUUCUUGACCAAAAUCCUAGAGAAAACGGCAUCAAUUCUUAAAAUUGCAACAAUUCUUUGUCAUAAAGAAUGCAGUUAUUUGUAAUAAGGAACGCAAGAACUCAGUUCAUGUGUGUGCAGCCAAUGAAACAAAGAUUGUGCUUGCCAUUUCUAAAAUUGUGACCAUAGGAUGUAGGGUGAUGACUAUGAAUGAAAAGGCCCGAUCUUCCUCAAUUAAUUAUUUUGCUUGUAUAUAACUUAAGACAUGUAUGCGUUGCAUAUUUAAAUGUGAUCAAAUAAGUUAUAUUGGACAGCAUGUCUGGCAGUUUUGUCACAAAAAAGUGUGGUUAACUGCACAGUUCAAAACAGGAUGUGGGCAGAGAAGGUGCUACAUUCUUCACUAUUUCUGUUCCCAUUGCCACGUUUGGCUUGCUUAUGUAUCUACAACUUUGUCUUGAUAAACUACACAUCUGAAGUUUCCUGUAAUUCAGGACAUUUUUCAGUAACUUGGAGUGUCGUGAAAUGUAAUUUGUUUUAUGCUUGCUGUCUUCAUAUUGCUGCUUUAAUUAAGAUUCAAAGAAAAUAUGUUUUGAAAUUCUCUGAACACAAGUGACCUGUAAAAAAAUGCACAAAUAAACUGUCCCUCUUCACAUA